UAGUUAUUACAUUUGUUAGUCAUAUCCUCCUCUUCUUCUUCUACUAGUACUUUGCAUUCUCCUUUCUAGUUAUUAUCGCCAUUCAUAUUCAACACAAAACGUUAAAGAACUUUGUAUGAUUGGCAUCGUCCAAGGAUCAUAAUGGGGUGUAUUCAAGGCAAGGGUUAUAGUCCGGAGAGACUUGAGAGGAUGAAAGUUGACAAUGGUUAUGUUAAAGGAAAUAGAUUUGAAAGCCAACGACAACAACAACAACAACAAACAAGGGAUACGGCUCGAAUUCGCAAGCAAGAAGGGAAUGGGAGGAAUGAUGGUGUAGUUGAAGGAGAGAAAAGAAGUGGUAGAGAUCAAAUGGAGAAGAUUAAAGGAAGGGAUGGAAUUGGAAAUGGAGUUAGAAUAGGAAAUGACAGUAGUUCACAAAGAGGUACAAGUGGUAAUGGUAGGAAAAUAGGAGGAGAUGAAUUGGUGCAUGGAUGGCCUAAAUGGCUUGUUGAUAAUAUUCCUAAUGAGGUUUUGGUUGGUUUAGUUCCAAAGACUGCUGAUUCAUAUGAAAAGCUUGCUAAGGUGGGACAAGGGACAUAUAGCAAUGUGUACAAAGCAAGAGACAGGAAGAGUGGGAAAAUAGUAGCCUUAAAGAAGGUUAGAUUUGAUACAUCAGAACCAGAAAGUGUGAAAUUCAUGGCAAGAGAGAUCAUAAUAUUGAAGAGACUUGAUCAUCCAAAUAUUAUAAAGCUUGAAGGAUUAGCCACUUCAAGAAUGCAAUAUAGUCUUUAUUUGGUUUUUGACUUUAUGGAAUCUGAUUUGACUAAACUUAUCAAUCGUACCCAAGGAAAACUCACUGAGCCUCAGGUAAAACGUUACAUGGUGCAAUUGCUCUCUGGACUUCAACAUUGCCAUGAGAAAGGAAUAUUGCAUAGGGAUAUUAAGGGGUCAAAUUUACUAAUAGACAAAAAUGGGAUGCUAAAAAUUGCUGAUUUUGGACUUGCAAAUUUUUAUCAAACAAAGACAAAGAGGCCCCUAACAAGUAGAGUUGUGACACUUUGGUAUAGAGCACCAGAACUACUUUUGGGUUCAACUGAUUAUAGUGUUGGAAUUGAUCUUUGGAGUGCUGGUUGUAUUUUGGCUGAAAUGUUUGUUGGAAGACCUAUUUUGCCCGGUAGGAAUGAGAUAGAGCAACUUCACAAGAUAUUUAAGUUGUGUGGUUCACCAACAGAGGAGUAUUGGAAGAAAGUGAAGCCACCUACAACAUUUAGGCCACCACAACACAAGCCUUGUUUUGGACAAGUUUUUCCCAAUUUACCUCAUUCUGCUUUUCCCCUUUUGUACACACUUUUGUCUGUGGAACCUCACUUUCGUGGCACUGCUGCUACUGCCCUCCAAAAUGAAUUAUUUACAACAAGUCCAUUAGCAUGUAGGCUGUCUGAACUGCCUAUCAUCAAAGUAGAAGAGGAUGGGCUUGCGCAAUCCAUCGAUUUCACAAGGUAUCUUUUUCUCUUCUUCCACUAUGAUCAGUAACUACAAAACUUGAUCGGAACAAGUUAUUCAUUGUAGCAGUUUAAUUUGACUCUUUUUCUGUAACACUUUAAAUCUUUCAACAUGUUUGGGACUAAGUUGACGUCAACAGAAUAAUUUGAAAUUGGAAGAAUGAGGUUGUAAUUAGACCUAAAAAGACCAAAAUUCCAAGGAUAUACGUGUUGAAUAAGAUUUGGAAAUAAAGGACACAAGUAAAUGACCUAUGUGCUUCACUUAUAUGUUACACUUGCUCGAGCUACUUGCUUAAACAUACUACCUUUUUGAGCAACUUGUUCAGACAUUCUUUUUCAAGUAUAGUUCAAAAAAUAGAGAAAACUUGAAAAGAUUUUGAUUAAAAAAAGGUUUAAAUUAAGGGUAGUGCUAAAUGGCACGAAUGAAAUUGACACAAUUGACACGAAAUUCAUUAAAAGACCAUAUUGUCCUUUAAUAACAAAACUAUCUAUUUUUUCCUCCAAAAUGCCAAAUAUCCUUCGACUU